CCCGCUUGACAAUAAAGGGACGCGGAACGCAGCGACAGAAAAGGAAGUUUGAGAAACUCGCCGAAUGGAGGCAUUUGACAGUGGUCUGCAAAGCAGUUUAUCCUAUAACUGAAGCAUGAGGACGGCUAUCAUCUUUAUCUUUUUCAUCGGCCUCAGCCGGUGUGAAUACAACCGUACAUUUGACAAACAGAUCGAUAACCUCGCUGUAUGGAAAAGGAGCAUCUACGUCGCCGUUGGAGAUCAUCUCUACCAAAUGAACCGCAACUUAACGGUGGAGAAAACCAGAGACCUCUCCGGGGGGCGGGAGCCAGGCAGAGUGAAGGUCUUAGUGGUGUUUGGAACAAAUGGCACUUUAGUCACUUGUGUAACAAGAAAUUGUGGAUAUUGCGAGGUUCUUGAUUUAAACAAUAUUUCUAAAUUAAUAUACGCAGAAAACAGCUCCAUGACUCCAUUUAAUUAUAACGCAUCUUCUCUUUGCUUUCUGGUGGAGUUGGAGAGCGGCAAGCAUCUAAUCACUGGGGUGGUGGAGACCAACGAAAAUGUCGGUAAUUGUUUGACCAACUUCAAUAACACAAUAACUCUGCGAAACACGAUGCAUGGCCAGGACGGUGAAAUAUUCUCGGAGAUUGCAUCUGGCCUAACACCUAAAUAUGACUUACAGCCCAGCAUACAUUUUGUAGACGGUUUCCAACUUGGUCCAGCGAUUUAUAUAUUUGUAAACGUACAAUCGGACAAAAAGGUUCAACUACUUCGACUGCAAAGAAAAGGCGAUAAAAGCGAGGUUUUACAAUCCACCAAAAAGAAAACUCUGUCGUGCUGCGACGAAAAGCCUCGCUGGAACCUCGUCUCCUCCUAUUACAUUGGCGGUGAUUUUCCUGGGUACUGGGCAGGUGUUUUUACAGCCGGUAAUACGAGUGAUCAAACUAAUACAGCACUGGCCAUUUACAACAUUACAAAGAAUCCUCAGGAUGAUCUGAAGCCAGAAGCUGUGGCGUUCACACAUCCCUCGAUGACAUCGGUGGCCGCUGUAUCUAAUGCGUCAUGGGUGGUUCUGUUCGUCGGGACAGCAGAUGGACAGCUGAUUAAGAUCGCACUUGAUGGGAAUCUUAAGCCCACCUGUGCAAGGGUCCUGUACGAAUCUGACGAGGACGUCCCCGUGUUCUUCAAAAUGCUUCUGGACCCAGAGAAUACAGCUAUCUACAUGGCGACAGGAAAGCAGCUGACAGCAGUCAGUGUGGCUCAGUGUGACAAAUACAGCAGCAUGAAGGACUGCUGGUCUGCACAGGAUCCUUUCUGUGGGUGGUGUGUGCCGAAGAAGAGAUGCAUGUUUAACUCCGAAUGUCCUGGAACAACUGUAGAAGUCUAUAGGACAAUGCCAUCUUUGCAAAUAAAAAGUGUUUCAUCUGACCAGAUCACAGUAAAUGUCACCACUCCCCUGAGACUUCCAAACGGAUCCUCUGUGUCUUGCUCCUUCAAUGCUGUGGGUUCAGAUAUUUGUUACAAACCAACUUCCCCCUGUUCCUGCACAUUUCCGGUUCACAAUCUCCCUGCAGAAGGCUUUAAUAUUGCAGUAAGAAUCACUGUAGCAGAGGAGGAAAUAACUGAACAUCUGGUUGUAAAGAACUGCCCAAAUAUUACAGCCGCGUCUUCGGUUGCCCAGUGUUAUGCGUGUGUCACAAGUGGUUGUACCUGGUCUAGUUCACAAACCUGUUCCUGGCCUAAUGGUGAGUUACAUGAAGCUCAGGCAGAGGACGUCUGUAAAGACGUCGCCCCUCCUUCGAAUUAUUCAAAGCCAGAAGUUCACUCUGUGAUUCCGAAUGUCGUCUCCUUUCAUGGCAAAAACAAUGCUGAGAUGACUGGGACGAACCUUGAUCUCGUAACAAAGAUACGUCUUCAGGGGUCACUGGAAUGCUACUCGGAGGAAUUGCAGGUACUGGCCCAGACGGCACACAGCCUGCGGUUUAACCUCCCCAGCUGGAAGACUGAUAUGAUGACCGUCUGCGCAUUGUUGCCCGAUGGAAGGUGUGUUGGCUCGAAGACGGUCACGUAUAGACCCCUGCCACACUGUACUGCCAUUUCUCCCAGCAACACCUGGGCCAGCGGAGGAAGAAAGGUCACAAUCUCUGGUGAAAAGCUGGAUUUGGUGGAUGGGAUAGAGCUGUGCGGAAAAGUGCACUUCGGGAAUCCUAGCUCCAAGAGUUUCGAGUUCCACAGCCCACCGAACAUGGAGUGUGGGAAGCUACAAGGAGAGUUAAUCCGCCUGUGCCUGGCAAACGAAACAAGGGAAUGUGUGCAGCUGACAUACCUCCCAAAUCCCGAAUUCACCAGCUUCAAAGCCACAUCUGUGGGAUCAGACCUGCGCAUCGUCAUUGCGAAAAAGUCGGACAAGCUAUACUUGGUUGUUCAGGAGCUGAUUAUAACUGCGAAGGUGGAAGAUAAGCAGCAUCAGUGCAAUGUGGAGAUGAUCGUAUUGGGUAACGGCACAGCAGAGGAUUCUGUGAUGUGCAGAAUAAUCAACCAGGCAAAUGCUAGAGUUCAGUCAGUCAGGAUAGUGGUGGGGAAUUUUUCAAAACAGCUCGAAGAGCAAACCACUAAUAAAUACUACUGGAUUGUCCUGGUUUUAAUUGCUUUCGUCGCUCUUAUGAUCACAGGCGUGUUACUGUGGGUUUACCAUUUCAAAAAGAAGAAGCUGGCUGCAGAGAUGGACAAGUAUCUAGACACUCUGGAAUGUGAAAUAAGAAACGAGAUCAGACAAGGCUUUGUUGACAUGCAGAUAACAGAGGCAUCGCAUUUUGUCGAAAAUGUAGCCACAAUCCCCUUCCUGGAUUACAAGCAUUUCGCCCUCAGAAUCUUUUUUCCUGAAGCUGAAUCUAUGAGUAACUACAUGAAGGAUUUUGACCAGAGCCCAGUGAGAACACAGCCAACGCAGAGCUGCCUGGCCUUCUCUCAGCUCAUCCGGAACAAGAUCUUCCUCACAUCCUUCAUCCAUGCAUUAGAGGCACAGAGGAAUUUUACUGUUAAAGAUAAGUGCACGGUGGCCUCCUUGCUGACCCUGGCCCUGCACACCGACCUUCCCUACCUGACAGAGGUGAUGCAGGACCUGCUCAGGGCUCUGAUGGACCAGUCCAGCAAUGUCCAACCAAAACUGCUGCUGCGGCGUACAGAGUCCAUUGUGGAGAAGCUGUUGACCAACUGGAUGUCUGUCUGCCUCUAUGGAUUCCUGCGGGAGUCUGUGGGGCAGCCUCUGUAUUUGCUGGUGUCAGCACUGGUUGAGAAAACCUUGAAAGGUCCGGUGGACUGUGUGACAGGGAAGGCUUUGUACACACUCAAUGAAGACUGGUUGCUCUGGCUGGCUGAGGACUUCCACACCUUGAAACUGAAGGUGUCAUUUUCAGUGGGCUCUGGAGAGGAAUCGGAAUGUCUGGAGGUGAGUGCACUGGACUGUGACACUGUGGAACAGGUCAAGGAGAAGAUCCUUGCAGCAUUCAAGAGCAAGUUUGGCUUCCCUUACUACAAGCAGCUUGAAGAGAUUGACAUUUAUCACGAGAAGGAUGGUUCCACUGUCUUGCUCCUGGAAGUGGACAGCACGUCGAAGGUCGUGGGUGAGGCGACGUUGCUCAACACGCUGAAGCAUUACAAGGUUCCUGAUGAUGCUUUGAUUAAGGUCACAACUAUGACGAACCGGACCCCUCUCACCACACAAGUCAGUUUGAAGGGCGAUCAGAACUUCACGACAAAGUACUGCCAUUUGAUCGACCCUGACAUUGACACAAGCCAAAGGAAAAACCCAGAAAGGAAGAAACUCAAGCUCAAAGAAAUCAACUUAACAAAACUGCUUUCGACAAAGGUUGCUGUGCACUCGUUUCUUGAAAACCUUUUCAGAACCAUAUGGGGGAUGGCAAAUAAGGUUUCUCCAGCCAUAAAGUUCUUCUUCGACUUUCUGGACUCUGAAGUGGAAAGAAAAAAAAUCACAGACCCGGACGUGCCACACAUCUGGAAGACCAACAGCCUGCCCCUGCGCUUCUGGGUGAACAUUCUUAAAAACCCCCAGUUUGUGUUUGACAUUGACAAGACACCGCUGCUCGACGGCUGCCUCUCCGUAAUCGCUCAGACCUUUAUGGACUCCUUCUCCUUGCUCGACCAACAGCUGGGAAAGAAUGCACCCACCAACAAGCUCCUCUACGUGAAGGACAUUCCCCAGUACAAGCAGGAGGUGAAGACCUUCUACAAACUAGUGAAAGACUUACCACAGAUUACAGAGCAGGAAUUCAGGGAAUUCCUGAAUGAGACCGCAAAGAAACAUGAAAACGAGUUCAACGAAUCAGCUGCACUGCGCGACCUCUAUAAAUAUGUCAAGCGUUACUUCCGUGAGAUCCAGGACUAUCUGGAGCAGAACAACACCCCCAGUGACCUACAGGUGCAGCUAGAAGAAGUCAGGAACCAGUUUGAAAACAUGAGCAACUUAUCCUGGGAGUGAGAGGCUCGCCAGUUUGCGGCUCGCGACCCACAGGGCCACUUCCGUUCAGAGCAGCACGCGGAGGCACCAUGAACAGUGGACACAGGUCACCAUUAGCUGUGUUUUGUGACAAGCCAAGAAAAGCAGCUUGAUGGUGCGGCCUCGCGCCCUCGCAGGUCGACGUCACCCUGGCACAGCGAGAGCUGACACACACCCAGCUUGAAGCAGAGACUCAGCUGCCGAACUCGGCUAGAUGCGUGUCCAACUACACGCAGACCACAGCACUAAACACAUGACCUGCUCUUCCCCCCGAAUCACACCACCCUUGUCCCAGUGAGAGCAGUCUGUAUUAAAUAUUUGCAUGAAAUGUGUGUAUUACCAAGUUCAGAUUUGUUGGUGGAAAAGCCCGGGCAGUUUGGCUUCCAGGGAAGUUACCCAUCCCUGCCAGCAUUUCGCAUGGAAAGCGGCCAAUUAGUAUCUGUUCCUCUUUUCGGGCGUCUGUACAACAUAUGCAGCUUAUUGUAAUGUCUCUACUUUUGGUUUGCAAAAACAUUACAUUUUACACAGGUAGACAUGCUGCACAGAAUGACGAAGCACGGCAUUUAGACACAGUCUGAAGCAAUUAAGGCAGACAAUCCCUGGUAAAAAUUCAGCACAAUUUAAUGUCUGUAUGUAAAGUACCAAAAAAAAAAACACAGAUCAUAAAUUAAAGUCAGGUAAUUCUUG